UGCAAAAAGGAGAGAGGAAAAAAGAGCUAACAAUCAAAAUAGAAGUCGAGAACGACACAACAAAAAGCAGGCUUCACAGGAAAACCAAACAAAUACAUAAAUAAAGCGAAACGGGAAACCGAGGGAGAAAAACCAAAGUUAAUCAAAGAAAAUAAGAAGUGACUAGAAGUUUCAUUUUUUACUGAAGAAGACGAACAAAAAGAAGAAGCAAAAGAAGAAGAUAUUGGAAUUUAAGGCUUCUGGAAAGCGGAACUUGAGGUGCUAGUAUUCCGGGGUAUUACGGGGUAGCGAUUUUGUGGUUGUGGCUGUGGUUGUGUGAGUGACAAAUGAAUGAAUCAUGAUGACUUGAAUCACUUGGGAUAGUUGUAGAUGGGCACCCCUGAUAACAAACAAUCUGACCAUGUUGACACAAAGUUGCGGAUCCCUAGGAUUGAGCUUCUGAAUGCGUCGAGUGAUUUUUGGAUGCCUGAUCAGAGUUGUAGGGUAUGCUACGAGUGUGACUCCCAAUUUACAGUAUUUAAUCGUAGGCAUCAUUGUCGACUUUGUGGCCGUGUUUUUUGUGCCAAGUGUACAACAAACUCGAUUUUUGUCCCAUCUGAUGAACCAAGAGUUGGUCUUGAAGAUUCAGAAAGGACUAGGGUAUGUAGUUACUGCUUCAAGCAAUGGGAGCAAGGGAUAGCAGCAGUUGAUGAUGGGACCAAAACAUCUACUCCUGGUCUCAGUCCAUCUCCUUCUGCAGCAAGCUUGGCCAGUACCAAGUCCAGCUGCACCUGUAAUAGUAGCAGCAGCAUUGCUGGUUCUACUCCAUAUGCAACUGAACUUUACUACUCUGUGAAUUAUAAUUCUGGUCUUAGACAUCGUGAAUCUGCCCAUAUGAAUGGUGCUGAACAAAACAGUGAGACAUCUGGGAUGAGCACAGAUCAAAGUUCAGCCUUAGUAGAUUCUUCUUCAAACCAUUUUGGCUUUUGUGGUAACAGGAGUGAUGAUGAAGAUGAUGAUUAUGGUGCAUAUCAUUCAGACUCAAAAUCAAAGCAUUAUUCUCAUGCUGAAGAUUAUUAUGGUGCAACCAAUAAUGAUGAUUUUGAACGUGUUUAUGGAUCAGAUCAAGUGCAUCCUCAUGCUGAGAACACUGACGUGAAAUCUUUGAGUGGUUCACCAUUAUCUAAGAAUUUUGAUAUACCAAGUGUGGAUGGAAUCAAGAAACUUGAAGAAAAAAAUGAACAAGAAAAUGCUGAUGAGGGUGAAGUUCCUGCUUAUGUCGUGGAUGGUACAGGUUCUGUGCCUGUGGAUUUCGAGAGCAAUCGGCUACUGUGGCUCCCUCCAGAGCCCGCGGAUGAAGAGGAUGAGAAAGAAGCUGCUCUAUUUGAUGAUGACGAUGAUGAGGGUGCUACAGGAGAGUGGGGAUAUUUACGCUCUAAUAGUUUUGGCACGGGAGAACGUAGCAGGGAUAAGUCUGUUGAGGAGCACAGGCGGGCCAUGAAAAAUGUGGUGGAAGGGCAUUUUAGAGCUUUGGUAUCUCAGCUUUUACUGGUCGAAAACCUUCCUAUUGGGGAUGAUGAUGGGAAAGAGAAUUGGUUGGAUAUAAUCACAUCUUUGUCAUGGGAAGCUGCAACACUUCUGAAGCCAGAUACAAGCAAGGGGGGAGGAAUGGAUCCUGGAGGAUAUGUGAAAGUUAAAUGCAUAGCUGCCGGGCGUCGCAGUGAAAGUGCUGUGGUUAAAGGAGUUGUUUGCAAGAAAAAUGUAGCUCAUAGACGAAUGACUUCAAAAAUAGAUAAACCUCGUUUUUUAAUUCUUGGAGGAGCUUUGGAAUAUCAGCGUAUUUCUAAUCACUUGUCAAGUUUUGAUACGUUGUUGCAGCAGGAAAUGGACCAUUUGAAGAUGGCAGUUGCUAAAGUCGGUGCACAUCAUCCUAAUGUUCUUUUAGUGGAGAAAUCUGUGUCCCGGUAUGCUCAAGAGUACCUUCUCGCCAAAGACAUAUCACUUGUUCUCAAUAUUAAGAGGCCACUUUUAGAGCGUAUAGCCCGCUGCACUGGUGCUCAAAUUGUUCCAUCCAUUGAUCAUCUGACAUCACCAAAGUUGGGUUAUUGUGAUGUGUUCCACGUGGAGAAAUUUUUUGAGGAGCAUGGAAGUGCUGGGCAAGGUGGGAAAAAAUUGACAAAGACACUAAUGUUUUUUGAGGGUUGCCCAAAGCCUCUGGGUUAUACUAUUUUACUCAAGGGUGCGAAUGGAGAUGAACUGAAAAAAGUGAAACAUGUUGUCCAAUAUGGAGUUUUUGCAGCUUAUCACUUGGCUCUUGAGACAUCAUUUCUUGCUGACGAAGGUGCCACACUUCCAGAGCUCCCUUUAAAGUCUCCUAUAAAUGUUGCCUUACCCGAUAAACCAUCGAGUAUUGACAGGUCUAUUUCCAUUGUACCUGGCUUUACCAUCCCAUCCUCCAGGAAGCCCAUGGCUUCUCAGUCUAUUAAUGAAUUGCAGAAAUCCAACAUGGAUGUCAACUCGGAUAGACCAUCAUCUGCCAACAAUAAGCCCGCCAGCAAAUCUACAGAGGCCAGUUUAUCUUGCUGGUCAAAAAGUCCUCAGAGUCUGUUGAAUUCCGAGGAAUCUGCCAUUGUCACUGUUCAAGCUAGUUCUUCCUUGAACUCACAGUCAGCUUCAAGGAUGGAUACAUCUUCAUAUGACUAUGUUCCCUCCUUAAAUCAUGCAUUUAGAAAGACUGACGGAAUUGAUCCUAAAGAAUCUUUACAGAUCAAAACAACUAGCAGUGGAGAAGAUUUAAUGCGUAACCAGUUUAUUUAUCUUUCUCAAAGAUUAUCAGAAGCACCACUGCAAGAUCAUGGCAGUAAUCAUGCUGAUCAGAGUAUGUUGGCUGCAAAUCAUCUGGAUUGCCCAGAGUUGGCAUCCUCAAAACAAGAGCCUGUUAACAAUAAUGAAGAGAGAGGAUCCUCGAAGGAAGAGUUUACUUCAUCAUCUUCUGAUCACCAGAGCAUUUUGGUGUCGUUAUCAACACGUUGUGUGUGGAAGGGCACUGUGUGUGUACGUUCUCAUCUUUUCCGAAUAAAAUACUAUGGGAGCUUUGAUAAGCCGUUGGGGAGAUUUUUACGAGAUCAUCUGUUUGAUCAGAGCUUCUGUUGUCAUUCAUGUGAGAUGCCAUCUGAAGCACAUGUUCAUUGUUAUACUCAUCGGCAAGGUAGCCUGACAAUAUCUGUUAAGAAACUACCAGAUCCUCCCUUACCAGGAGAGCGGGAAGGCAAGAUUUGGAUGUGGCAUAGGUGCUUGCGAUGCCCUCAGAUCAGUGGAUUCCCUCCAGCCACAAGAAGAGUUGUAAUGUCUGCUGCUGCUUGGGGUUUGUCCUUCGGGAAAUUUUUGGAGCUUAGCUUUUCUAACCAUGCAGCUGCUAGCAGAGUUGCAAACUGUGGUCAUUCCCUUCACAGAGAUUGUCUUCGAUUUUAUGGUUUCGGGAGAAUGGUUGCUUGUUUUCGAUAUGCUUCCAUUGAUGUCCAUUCCGUUUAUCUUCCACCAUCAAAACUGGAAUUUAAUUAUGAUAAUCAGGAAUGGAUACAAAGUGAAAUGAAUGAGGCGAGUAACGGGGAAGAAUUCCUUUUUACUGAAGUGUACAAUGCUCUUCAAAAGCUUUCAGAGAAAUUAUUAGGUUCAGGGUCCAAUAAUUGUGGCAUAAGGGCACCUGAAAGAAAAAUCUGUCUUGAAGAACUGGAAGCAAUGCUCCAAAAGGAUAGAAAAGAGUUUCAGGAAUCUUUAAAGGAAGUUCUUUGUAAGGAGGUGAAAUUCGGCCAACCUGUUAUUGACAUUCUUGAGAUCAAUAAGUUGCGCAGACAAAUUCUCUUUCUUUCUUACAUUUGGGACCAUCGCCUGAUUCAUGCUUAUGGUUCAAUUAACAAUAAUACCCAGGAAAUUAUAAGCAAUUCCAUCCCAAAGUUUGGACUGAAGCCUAUAAGUUCUGUGGAGAAGCUUGUUGAAAUGAAUGUUAGUCCCAAGUCAACUAAAGUAUUUAGUAGUUGCGACUCUGCCCCAAUCAAGAACAAGCCUGAUGUAAACAUGAAUCAAGGAGGUAAUACUGGUGAAAUUAGCAAGCCAGGUGGAGACCACAAAGAAAAAGACAUGGACCAGGACUUUCACAACAGGAAGGAGGCUAAAUCUUUUCUUUCUUCUAGUUUAAAUAGCAGCGAGAAACUUGGUACUCUGGAAUCUGAAAGAGCUGUCAGAAGCUCCCUGUCAGAUGGGCAAUUUCCAAAUAUGGAAGAUUUAUCUGACACCCUUGAGGCAGCGUGGACUGGUGAAAGUCACCCAGCUAGCAUAAUUCCUGGGGAGAAUGGUUACACUGAUCCUGAUUCAGCCAUGGCAGAUAUGUCAAAUGCAGUAAAUUUGGAUACGGGAGAUCCUGCUAGUGUUGGUGGUGAAGUGGUAGCGACACAUUCUCCUCAGUCUGCUCUGCCUACUAAGGGGCUUGAAACUAUGGAGAAGUCCAUGAUCUGGGAAAACAUGCCAUUUCGACAUCUUUAUGACUUAUUUAAUAAAAAAUCUUCAUUCAAUUCUCAAGAGCUCAAUAUCAGUGAGUAUAAUCCAGUCUAUGUUUCAUCAUUCAGGGAGUUGGAAAAGCAAAGUGGUGCCAGGUUGCUGCUUCCUAUUGGUGUUAAUGACACAGUAGUGCCUGUUUAUGAUGAUGAGCCUACUAGUAUUAUAGCUUAUGCACUUGUCUCUUCAGAUUACCAUUCACAGAUGUCUGAGCUGGAGAGACGAAAAGAUGGUGCAGAUUCUGCAGUUUCAUCAUCACUCUUUGAUUCAAUGAAUCUGCUUUCACUUAAUUCUUUUAGUGACAUAUCAUCCGGUACUUACAGAAGUUUUGGAUCUGGUGAUGAUAGUAUCUUGUCUUUGUCUGGGUCACAUAGCUCCUUGGCUUCUGAUCCCCUCUCGUACACAAAAAAUUUCCAUGCCAGGGUUUCUUUUACCGAUGAUGGUCCCCUUGGGAAGGUGAAGUAUUCGGUAACUUGUUAUUAUGCAAAGCGGUUUCAGAGCUUGAGGAGGACUUGCUGCCCUUCUGAGAUGGAUUUUAUACGGUCUCUCAGCCGUUGUAAGAAGUGGGAUGCCCAAGGCGGUAAGAGCAAAGUCUUCUUUGCAAAAACUUUAGAUGAUCGAUUUAUCAUCAAACAAGUCACAAAAACAGAACUAGAAUCAUUUGUCAAGUUUGGACCAGCUUAUUUCAAGUAUUUGUCUGAUUCAAUCAAUACUAGAAGCCCAACUUGCCUGGCAAAGAUUUUGGGCAUAUAUCAGGUUUCAUCAAAGCACCUUAAAGGAGGGAAGGAAUCAAAAUUGGAUGUUUUGGUGAUGGAAAAUCUUCUCUUCAGGCGUAAGAUUACAAGACUUUAUGACCUCAAAGGAUCUUCACGAUCAAGGUAUAAUCCCGAUACAAGUGGCACCAACAAAGUCCUUCUGGAUCAAAAUCUGAUUGAAGCAAUGCCAACUUCUCCAAUUUUUGUUGGAAGCAAAGCGAAGCGGUUGUUGGAAAGGGCUGUCUGGAAUGACACUUCCUUUCUUGCUUUAGUUGAUGUGAUGGACUAUUCGUUAUUAGUCGGUGUUGACGAGGAAAAACAUGAGCUUGUUCUUGGAAUAAUUGAUUUCAUGAGGCAAUACACAUGGGAUAAGCACCUUGAAACUUGGGUGAAGACCUCAGGCAUCCUUGGUGGGCCUAACAGUGCACCUCCGACGGUGAUCUCACCUCAACAGUACAAGAAACGUUUCAGGAAAGCCAUGACUGCUUAUUUUCUCAUGGUUCCGGAUCAGUGGUCUCCGCCGUCAAUUGUUCCUAGUGGGUCGCAGACAGAUCUUUGCGAAGAAAACAAACGAGGUGGUAACUCUGUUGAAAUGAUAAUGUGAAUCCUUUUGUCUGUAUAUGUCAAGAUGUAAGUUCAAUACCCCACCUUCAUUUUAUACUUCAUUUUUGCUUCUCUCUCUCUCUCUCUCUUUACUUCAGUCCAAUUGUAAUUGUUAAAUGGCUGCCACAUUUUAUGUAUCAUCUUCAGUAUAUGCAUCUCUCUUUUUUUAAUAUUUUA